UACCCUUUAGCAUCCAUCCUCCGCAGCAAUGGCCGGCGGCAGCUCUCCGACCUAGCCGCCGCCGCCGCCGCCAUCACCCCCUCCCUCGGCGAGGACCACCCACCUGCAGCCAUGACCGGCGUCCCCAAAAACCGCCGACAGCGUCGACGGUCGAAGGCCCGCCGAGCUCCACCCAUACACAAGCUCGGGGAGGACCUCCUGCUGGAGAUCUUCCUCCGCCUCCCCUCCCUUGCCACGCUCGUCCGCGCCGCCCUCACCUGCCGCGCGUGGCGCCGCGCGGUGGCCUCCUCCCCGUCGUUCCGCCGCCGCUUCCGCGCCCUCCAUCCGCCGCCUCUCCUCGGCCUCUUCUUCGAGGCCCCCGGUCCAGUGCAUACUCCUAACACCCCUGGCUUCCCCACCUUCGUCCCCGCCCGCCGCCGCGACAGGGACCUAACUGCCGCCGUCCGUGGCGGCGACUUCUUCCUCACCUCCCUUGAGGACCUCCCAGACGAGGGCCCCUGCUGGAACAUGGUGGACUGCUGCCGCGGAUGCGUCCUCCUCAUGAAUUGGGAUGAUGGAUCACUCGUCGUGUUCAACCCCCUGACGCGCCGGAUUGAGGAUGUCUUCGAUCUGAGCCCUGAGGAUUUGUUUGACGGUAGCCGUGGCCAUUACGCCCAGGUCUAUCCCCAGUUGCUCUUCUCUGACGAGGACCCUGCAUCAUUCCGAGUGGUGCUUCUUGCCCAUGACGAACGCAGGAUACGGGCUGCCGUCUUUUCUUCGGACACUUGGGAAUGGCUACUUCUUCCAUGGGUGGACGUACCGGCGAGUUCAGGUGAUGAUGAAUGUUGGAUUAAAUAUGAGCGUGGCAUGCAAGCCAAUGGGUUCCUGUACUGGGUUUACGAGGACCAGAGGUAUCUAGUUUCACUUAACACUGCCACGAUGGAAUUCUGCGUCACUGAGCUUCCUCACUUCCUAAGGGAUUCCAGCUUUCAUCUUGGCGAGACGAAGGAUGGCGCAACAUGUAUUGUCUAUUCAGAUCAGCUGAACGUUGGUGUCUUGAUGCCCACAAGGGAUGAUGGUAUGGAGAAAUGGGUGCUUGACAGGGUGGUUCCCUUGGACAGAGAGCUUGAACGAGUCCUUCGAGUCGGAUUGGCCAACGUCACUGUGCCGAACCAACUGGUGGCUAACCAUAAUGAUCUGUCUGUUUUGGCAGUCCAGGAUGGCUAUGUGUACAAGCGCGCCAUCGGCGUCCUGGCAGAUGCAGCCGGGCCGGCGAGCGGGUAGAAGAGUAGAAUACGCGGAGAGCGCCGAAAAGGAGGUGAGGUGGGAACGGCCGGCCUCCCGUGGAGACGGACUGGACCCCGACAGGACCCACACGCAAGCGAGGCGCUGCGAGAGAGGCGGUGUGGCAGACCAUCGCGGCCCCACUCGCAGCGAGAGCAGCGCGGGGAAACAACGGAACCGGCAGUCCAGGGCUUGCGUCGGGCGUCUUCUCUCCACCACGUGUCGAUCCGAGAGGCUUCGGGCGCCCUCAGCUCUCCCUCCCCAGGGUGGAUAGA